UAGUUUGUCUAAUUCACGAGUUCUUGGUUAUCUAGUACAAACAUGCCUUCAUCUUUUAAUGAUCCACUGAUUUUCCCUUUGCUGACGGCGCAGAUGAACUUCAGAUGCCAAGUCAGAUAUGUUUACAAAUAAACAAGCUAUGUAUUUAUAACUUUAGUUUAUUUUAAAGACCAAACAUUACAACGACAAAGACAAAACAAUUUUGGUUUCAAUUUUAAUCUAUUCACUUGGCGUUAUCAGGUCCGAACAGGUUGUUGACUGAAAUCAGUUUACUAAUUUAGAAACUAAAUAAUCCUGUAAUCAUUCUCCCUAUAGAUGAUAUUCUUAUGUAUAGAUUGCUUCUUGAUAAAGAAAUAUUGCUUGCAUGUAGAAGGACUGUAUACACAACUGCAGAAGCAAUGGAAAACAAGGUUUGCGCUUGCUGGCGUAAUGACUUGGGCUCUGCUUAAUGAAAUCGCUCUCUAAUGCCUCAAAGCUAACUCAGUCGCGUUUCAAAGUGAAAUUAGACGGUACAAUUGUGAUUUUUAACCAGAUUCAGUUGAAAGUCGAUGAAAUCGAUCAGACAUUGUAACUCUUUUUCAAUAAAAUACUACGCUUUGCGACGGACACCCCCGGAAUUCCAAGUCAACACCGGCAAUGAGAUACCAUCGGGGUUAUAGAGUACCCCGAAUCCGAAUCCCCGAUAUCUUAGAGACUAGUAACUGUGUUGCUACAACAAAUGUAGCAAAUUAUGGCUGUGUUUAUUUUGUUCCUUCACUUCCUUGUAAGAUAAAAAAUAUACAUUGCUCAUUUUUCUACAAAAUGGAUGACAAAUCUAUUAAGAUUAGAUCAACGAGAGAGAUCAUUGGACCAAUAUUUUGGAUUAAGCUGGUUGGUCUUGGUAGUGAAAGCGUUGGUAAAACAAGUCUAGUUCGAAGUUUUUGCGACAAAAAGUUUUCAAAGUCGUAUCAUGCAACUGUUGGUGUGGAUUAUGGUUUCAAAAUUCACGAAUUGGAAGGAGUUGAAUAUCGAGUGAAUUUCUGGGACUUUGGAGGUGACCCAGAUUAUGAGUUGAUUCGAACUGAGCUUUAUAGAGAUACACAGGGUUGCAUGCUCAUAUUUGAUGUGACAAGCAGGACAUCUUUUGAGAAACUGGAUGGCUGGCUUGAAGAGUUUUACGACAAUGGUGGAAAAGGAGCUGUUGUCAUUGUUAUCGGUAAUAAGUGCGAUAAACUGAACCGACAGAUCAGUAUUGAGGAGGGGAAGAAAUGGGCUGAGCAGAAUGGUUGCAGUUAUUAUGAAACAUCAGCAGCCUCUAAAUCAGGUGUCAAAGAGUUGUUAAAUGGUCUGUUGACUGCAAUUGUAGAAAGAAGACUUAUAAAACCAAAAUGGAUUGGUGAUGAAAACAAACCGAAAUAGUGUUUUGUAUAAAAGCUUAUUGUAAAUACAUACAUUAACCAAUUGCCAAAUUCUUGUUCCAAGAGCUAAUUUUUAUAGCACCCAGCAACACAAAUGGAGCAAUAUUAAUAUGGCCUGACCUUACUGAAAGCACGACAAGACUAAUGAGAACAAAUUCAAUUAAUUUUAAUAGCUAUUUU